AGAGAGAGGGAGAAAGAGAGCAGCUGCUGGUUGUAGGUGCUGUCUUGCUUGUGCUCGGUCUUCUUCUUGAGUCAAAGAUGCAGGUUGGUGGUGGACAGUCACUCUGGAUAUACACUCUGCUAAUCACUUCUCUACAACUUUGGGGAAGACUUUCAGCUUCCACUUCCUCUCCCGCUCUUCCGGCUCCUAAACUUGACAUCUAUUCGAGGUCAAAGGGCUCAGUGGUUCUGGUCUGUCGGGCCCCAGAGGGCCAACAAGGGUUUCAUUUCAUGUUGUACCGAGACAGAGACAAGGUGGACUCUCAGGAGCUGCAGUCUGGUACUCAGGAGGCUCAGUUCACUGUGACAGUAAAGGAAGAGGAUUCAGUCCGCUUCUUCUGCUGUCUGUACAAGGACCAGGGUGGUCGUUACAGUUUAUUCAGUCACUAUUUGCAGGUGGAGCAGCCAAAAGAUGCUACCCCCACACGCUCUGUGCCCUCUUUCCCUCCUCCAGUCUUGUCUGUGGAGCCCUCAACCGGUGUGGUGAAACGUGGGGAGGUGCUAACCUUCAGCUGCUUGGUCCCAAAUCUGCCCCAGUCUCAGUCAACCUAUAACAAGAAACCAGUUACCUUCCUUUUGCUGAGAGCCUCUGAGCGCACAGCGGCAACAUCUAUCAUACUCCAGCCUCAGGCCAGUCAGGUGUCUAACCCCGAACCCCAGCCAGGAGUCUUCACCGUGGGGCCAGUGAGGGGAGAUGAGGGGGGUGCAUACACCUGCCUCUACCAGAUCGCCAAAAAACGGGGAUUGGUAAAUUCAACUGUCAGCAACAUGGUUCAAGUUACUAUUACAGAUGUGUUGCCAGUCCCGACCCUUGUCCUCCAGCAGGACACAGACGUGUGGCAUCUGCUCUGCACUGGGUCUCCUGCUUACCCCAGCGCUGUGUUCUCCCUCUACCUGGCUGAUAAUAAACUUGCUGUUGCCACUCACCAUGCCACCUUGAUCCAGCAUCAGGCCGCCUUCCCAGUGCCUGUCCAGGAAGCUCCAGUGGCUUUGUACGAGUGCCAGUAUGAUGUCCUCCUAGGAGGGAAAUGGAGCAACUCUGAGCGCAGCCUCCCUUUGGCUGUAACCAAAGGAAAUCCCCCUCCUCCAUCAACAGAUUGGUCCGGUGUUGACUGGCCUCUCAUACUGGGCUCUUUCUCUGCUGUGGUAUUGUUCCUCUGCUCAGUGGCACUCGUGGCUGUGGUGGCACACCGGAAAGUUAAAGCAGCGGCUGAGGAGAAGAAGAAAAGACAGGAAGCACAGUUCUGGACUCAAGUUCACGCGAAGGAUCAUGUUGUCGAUCUUACACUCCCACGUGCAGGCUUCACAUCUCAGGAAUGGGCCAAUAUGGACACAACUACAGGGACAGGGUCCAGAUCCCCUUUAUGGAACUCGCUUUCCACAUUCACAACUCCGAUCCAUCCGAUCUAUUAGAAAUGUUUGUUUUUUCUCUCUCUCUGUCUUUCUCUCUCUCCAUGUGUGUGUUUAUACUUUAUCUGAGUUUAUCAAUGUAGCAUCAGUUGGAGUUACACAGCAGGACAGGAAGGGCUAUUUCCUCAGUUCCUAUUUCAUGUGUAGCAGUAAAAUUGUACAAUUUGACAGGAUAUGAUGUUUGUUUGAUCUUACAUGUUACUGAGCCAGGGAAUCUAAAUACAAAUUGUAUUGCUAUUAUUGUUUGUAUCUGUUUUAUGAAAACCUAACCUUGUCUCUUACCUAUAAGUUUACUUUAAGUUUAUUAUUGACCUUACGGUUACAACAAAACAAUCUCACAAUGAGGUCUUUUUCCAGAACAAUCACCAGAAAAAAAGUGUUGGCAUUGUAAACCAUAGACGCAUUACAUUUGCAUAUUAUAUGUCGUAAUUAUGCAGAAAUGUUGCGUUCCAACUACGCUGUGGUUAACGUGUGGUAAGGUUUAUUGCACAAAACCACAUGGUACAAAACAGCUGCAUUUCCUGCCACAAUACUGGAAAGAAACAGCAAUGGGUAGCUGCGAAGCAUCCAUGUUUGGUGCCUAAAAAUCAACUGGAAAAAUGACAAAGGUUGCUACAAACAGCCAUGUUUGGUGUCUUAAAAGUCACUGGAAAAAUCAGUGACCGGUCGCAACAAAAAAGCCAUGUUUGAUGCCUAAAUAGCUGCUGGAAAACUGACAGGUUGCUACGAAACAUCCAUGUUUGUUGCCUAAAAAGCCGCAGGAAAAUGACAGGUUGCUACGAAACAUCCAUGUUUGGUGUCUAAAAAGCUGCUGGAAAAACAGCAGCCAGUUGCUAUGAAACACCCAUGUUUGGUUUCCUUAAAAAGUUGCUGGGAAAAAAAUUACUGGUCGCUACAAAACACCCAUGUUUGGUGCCUAAAAAGCCGCAGGAAAAACGACGUCAGGUUGCUACAAAACACUUAUGUUUGCUGCUGAAUAACAAACACCUCGAUAUCAUACAUAUGAAACACGCAAAUGUAAUGUAUUUGGGGUUUGCAAAAAUGUGAAACCAACAUUUCUUCUAGCUACUGGGCUGCCUUGAAGUAGCUGAGGAACUCUCCAUUACAUUACAGGAUCUUCAUCAGUAUGAUGCAGUUUGAACAGACAUCAUAGUAGUAGAUUGUUUUGUAGAAAUCUAUAUAAUCUACCUGUCUGACUGUUAGGCUACACCAAGAUUACAACUUAUUUUGAAGUGCUAUCUGCAGAUUGGCAGUGUACUCUUGCUUUAUCAAUUUUAUGUCAAAUCAAAGUCUGUACACUUUCAAACUAUAUAUUGAACACUGAGCACUGUUUAUGCAGUUACAUUGUAAUAAUAAAGUUUAUUUCUAUAGCA